AUGACGCCAGUAACCCUAGCACUCAAAGAUAGCGACUCACGCAACGCGACCAAGUCUAACGAUCACCUCGCGGACGCGUUGAACGAAGAGGCGAGCAGGUGGCUAGCCGACUUUUUGACGAUUGCGGUCGGGAGGCGAGAGUGUUAUGGGAGCACCAGCGCGUCUCAUCCAUAUGGAGGGCCUAGACGCCGCGAAAGACCUUGGUCAAGCAAUGGCCAGCUGGUUCAGACACUUGACCUCGAGGUGUUUCUGCGAGACGGACAGAAAUGCAGCGUUUCUGGGUCCACUCAUAGCUUGGUCUGCGUGCAAUUGAUCCCCACAAGCGAGGAUACCGAUCGCCUGUCCCGUUUCCGACGUCUAGCUCGCGCCUUCUUCGACAAUGAUUUGCCCUGUAUUGAAGACCCAGUGUUGCGGUCGACCGAAAACGCAAUGCUGGUGACCUGCUUCUGGAAGGACCGUCUAGAUAGUGGGUUUUUGACAUUCAACAGUAUCGAUAAAGAGUUGCAUGCCACCCCAAUGUCAAUGAGUGAUUCCGACCUACUGGAUGAAGAAAGGCGUUUGAAUGGCGUCCAAGGGCCAACUCUACUUCAGCUCUGUGGAGGGGUUUGCCAGUACCCAAAACCAGUGAACCAAGAGCUCGCCAAGGUUCACCAUACAAUCAUCGGGGUGUUGCGUGAAACUGGUACUGUUUACUCGGUCGGCUAA